UUGGGUCGGAUUUCGAAUUCUGUGGAAUCCUCAUUCCCCCCUUCGAAUCGAUCACCACUGAGCUCCGGUCGAUCACCAUCACCUUCUCCAUAAAUCUUUAGGCGGGCGCAGAAUCAACCAGCUCGCUUCAAGGAGAGCGCAAUGGCGGAUGAGCAACAAGGAGAUCAGCAGGCCGUGGGUCCCUCAGCGGCUGGGUGGAGAGCAACGGUGGAAGAACAGUACCGGAAGAUCAAAGAGAAUGCGGAGGCCUACCCCUAUGUCUGGGCUUCGUACGUUGUUGUUUAUGGCGGUUUCGGCCUUUGGAUGGCUUACCGGUGGAGGAAGCUCCGGAGGACCGAGGACAGGGUCCGAGUCCUUCAGGAGAGACUCCGGGAGCUCGUCCGAGCUGAGGAGGAGUCUGCAGCAGCCUCAGCUUCAUCAUCUUCAGCAGCAGCAGAGAAGGCUACAGGAGUACCUCCUGCCGCUGUGUCAGCAGACAAGGCCCCGCCUGUCGCGGAUAAAGCUCCCCAGUAGUUCCAUGAUUUCCCUGCCCUGGAAUGAUGAAGUUGUAGUUACAGUUACCUCCACUGGUAGAGAAGGUGCAUGUGUAUCAAGCAGAUUCAACGUGGAGGCGAUGUACAACAGCGCCAUAGUCGUCUUGACUAUCGAUGGGAAAGGCUGGCUUUCAGCUGUUCUGAUCAGAUUCAAAUUCAAGUUGGGAUAUUCUACUUGGGGAAAACCAAAAUGUGAUAUUGAGGAUGAUAUUAGUCGAUCACAGAGUUGUCGGUUCAGCAAUAAACUCGCACUUCAUACAUUCGAUGGAUGAUUAUUUGUUUC